CAGAGUUGUGAAAAACUUCAUGAUUCAAGGAGGUGACUUCACAGAAGGAACUGGAAGAGGAGGAGAGUCAAUAUAUGGUGGCUACUUUGAAGGUAUUUUUAUAUUGAUUCAUGUAAUUAAAGAAACUGAUAAUAAAUGUGUGUUUAAGUAUUGCAAUCGUGUGCUAUUUGAGCAAAGUUUUGCAUGUUCUUUCCAGCUGAAUCAUUAAUUUCUUGUGGCUUUCCCAAUGUGUGAAUUUAAUCAAAUCAGCAUGGGAAGUAGCCAUUCUCGUUACUAAAUGCUACCAUCCUCCUGCUAAAACUAUCAACAUAUUCUCUUAUUUAUAGAGUGGUCUUUUGCAAAAUGAGAAGGUAAGAGAUGUGCACAGUUCAGUAACACCAUGCCAACAUAGUCAUCACAACAAGGUCCGACCCAAAAGAUUACAUGCCCUGAUACACUUUCCAUUCAGUCAGAUAUCCCUUUUGUCCUCGAUGUUUGCCUGCAACCUGCAUUUGUAGUGUCUUUAGAUCUGAUAUGAUGGCUAUAAUUCAAUUAUUGACUUGAUGAGAUGGAAUAUAUGAUGGAAAGUAGGACCUACUUCACUUUUGAGAUUUUAGUUCUAGAAUAAUAAAUAAUUACACAUCAUUUUUACAAUGUAAUAAAAUAAUUUCUCAGUUUGAAGAAUGUUUCUCCAAAUUAUUGCCAAGGUAUUCAGUUAAUUUACUAUCAUACCAUCUUUGAUAAUGACACAGUUCCAAAUCGGUCUCCAGUUCUCUGUUAAUGAAAGAUCUUCGAGACAUUGGUUGUAUCAUAAAAUAUAGUCCUGUAGGCAAAUUAGAGAAAAGAGUAAAGACAAACUGUCUCAGAGGAAAACACUACAAGUUCCAGGAAAUAAGUUUUUAUAAUAUUUAACCAUAAAACAUAACCCUUAUUUCUCCUUGAAUUUUAUGGACCCAAAUGUUUGAAUAAUUUUCUAAAGCUUCAAACUGGCGGUUUGGUGACUUUAAAGAUAUUUACAGAAAGUUUGUCAGUUUUUAUAGAAGAGACUGACGUACAGGUUUGGACUGUAUAUGCAGUUUACUCAGAACAAUGAUGGAAAUUUGCUUUAUUAAUCCAGAUGUAUGUUUUUUUCAAGAUUCAAUCAGAGUUGAGGUGGUUUUUAAAUACACUUUAAUUUAUUUAUUUUUUUUAUCUCCACAACUAUUUCUAGUAACAUUAACUGGGGAACACCCUCUGAAGCUUUGAUUCCCCUCUGUCUGUUUCCAGAUGAGAAUUUCAUUCUCAAACAUGACAAAGCCUUCCUGCUGUCCAUGGCCAAUCGUGGGAAGAACACCAAUGGCUCCCAGUUUUUUAUAAACUCUAGCAUCCUGCUCUUCCAAGGUAAUGUGUCUCAAAGGCUGUGUUUCUCUCUCUCUCCUGACUUUCUUUUUCAUUUUGUAGUUUUGUAUUUUCAAACAUGUAUCACAAUGUACUGUUUACUUUUGAAAUGCUUUAGUUUUACUAAUAUAUUCAGGCAGAUCACGUUAUUUGGACUGAAAGAUCUUCUGAAUCACAAAAAGGCAUAAUUGUUAUCAGUUUGAACUUUUCCUUCACAAGUAGCUGCUUGAGACAUUAAGGAGGAUUUGUAUUUUCUUUCCUUUAUUAAUUUGAUAAAAUUAAAACAUUAUUUUACAGCUUACUACAUUUUUAAGUGAUAAUUAAAAAUUUAAACUGCAAGAUAAACCAAGAGUGGUUCUGUAUGUUACAUAUUUUAGGAUUAUUCAGUUGCAGCCAUGUUGUGUGAGUGAUUUGUUUUCUCAGUUAUCAAUGUUUACAUUUUUUUUCCCAUGAACCCUUCACUGUCAUUGAUCGACUCAACUGGAUUAACCACAAACAGCACCACUAAAAUGGCUCCUCACCUUGAUGGCGUCCAUGUUGUCUUCGGCCUCGUCAUCUCUGGGUUUGAAGUGAUAAAGAAGAUUGAGGGAUUGAAGACUGAUUCAGCGAGCAGACCCUACGCUGACGUGAGAGUGGUCGACUGCGGACAGCUGAUCACAAAGUCUGCAAAUGAUGUGCUUGAGGGCAAGCGGAAAAGGACUUCAUCCAUCAACUCCGAUGACUCCAAUUUUUCAUCAUCUGAAAGUGAAUCAGAAGAAAAGCCCAAACACCGAAAGCGACUGGCAAAAAGUAAACCAUCUAAAAAGAAAAGGAAAGAAGGAAAAAAGGUCAAGAAAACUGAAAAUGUGCCUUCUAAUCAAAGGUCUGAAGAAAAAGAGACGGCAGCAGGUGAAAGUAAACCUGAAGAGGAGAAGGAAACUGGUGGGAAAAGGGAGAAGCCUGUUGUUCGGCCUGAGGAAAUCCCACCUGUGCCAGAGAAUCGCUUCCUGCUGCGACGGGACAUGCCAGCACAAGAUGACAAAACAGAACCUCUUGAGAAAGAAGAAGCUGGUCCUUUAGUUGAACAGAAACCAGCUGUGACAAAGUCCGGUCGGAAGAUCAGAGGAAGAGGAACAAUUAGAUAUCACACUCCAACCAGAUCUAAAUCACGUUCUACAUCUGUUGAAGAGCGUGGGGGGAGUGAAACUCCACCACACUGGAAAGUGGAAACAAAGAGACCCAAGGCUUUUCCUCCCCAGAGCCCGGAAAGGUGGAGCAAAGGAGACAAACUUAAAGAGCAUUCUUCAAGCAAGUGGGAAAAUAGAAGCAAAUCUCCUCAAUCCCACUCUGGAGGACUUUCCUCAGACCAAAGCUCUGAGAGGUCAAGCCAGCACCGGCUUCCAAAAAAAGAGAAGAAAAAAGCCAAACACAAGAAGAAAGCCAAAAAGCGCAAACAUGGCAAGAAGAAAAGCUCCAAGAACAAAUCUCGAGAACACUAUGACUCAGAGGGUGAAAAAUCAGCAACUUCUGCUAGGAGGUCCAAAUCCCAAUCAGCGACCCAGUCUCCCUCAAGUGAACAUCGAUCUUCUGGGAGGAGAAGGCGGAGAUCCUCCCUGUCUUUUUCCAAAUCCUACUCCAGGUCCUACACAUCCAGUCGAUCCAGAUCACAAGGAAAAUCCAGGUCUUAUUCACAGUCCAGAAGCUUCUCUAGGUCACGAAGUCGAUCUUUGUCUGGAUCCAGGUCUCGGUCUUAUUCUCACUCCCGAUCAAGAUCACGGUCAAGGUACAGAUCAAGAUCACGGUCAUCUUCUCAGUCCAGGUCGAGAUCAGGGUCGAGAUACACGUCCAGAUCCCGAUCUUUGUCCUCUAGAAAAAGGAGUUUUUCCAGAUCUCCAAGGAAGAGAAAGACAACCAAACCCAAAAUGGAUGCAAUGAUGUUUGUGACUCGGAAGGUCCAAGAUAAAAAGAUUACACCUGUUCCCAUACUGUCAGCUCUCCCAGUAGCUGAAACGGUUCCUGUGAUCCCACUGAGUGACAGUCCUCCUCCUUCUCGGUGGAAACCAGACCAAAAGCCCUGGAAGCCCUCCUACAUUCAUAUUCAAGAAAUCAAAGCUAAGGUUAUGCACAGUAAACCCUCUACUGCUGGUCUGGCAGGGGACAGCUUCUCCAAAAAAACUCACACACCGAAGUCCAUACCAGAAGAUGUUGAAGAAAAGUCGGCUCACAAAACAUCACACAGCGGGUCCUCCAGAAGCAAGUCCUUCAGUCGCUCCAAGAGCCGAAGUUCUAGCAGGUCCAGGUCAAGAUCGGCAGAGCCGUACCGGAGCAAGUCAUCGUCCUGUGACAGAUCAGACUCUGAAAAGGAUGAAAAAGGAGGAAGCAGCAAGAAGAAUUCAUUAGAUAAAGAAUGGAAGGAGUAUUACAGUUCUCUCAACAGAAUAAAAAAUUUAGAUAAAUAUAUUUUGGCCAACAAGAGUCAAGAUGGACUCUCGGGAUCAGGAAAAGAAGUGAGCAGUGAGCAUAGCCCUGAUUUUAGUGCCUCUUCGGAGAACAAAAGAAAGAGGGGGAACUCAGAAGAGCCAGAAGCAAAACGUUACUCUUCACUGGCAGAGGAAAGCUUCAAAAGCCGCUCUGAGUGGGAUAGUGACAGUGACAAAGCUACCCAAAGCAACACUGCAACCGAGGUGCAACCGGUCCUGUCCAGCACGAUGCUGGCGACCGGAUGGGAUUCAGACAGAGAUUCUGAGAAUCCAGCAGACCGAAAAACGUUUGGUUCUGAAAAAGAGGAAGGAGAAGCGAGUUCUGAAUCAGACUAUGAGGCCUUGAAGAAGACGUCAAAAGCAGUGACCGAGCUAGGAUAUAGAGUUGCUGUCGCGGUAGCGGCCGCUUCCUCUUCUUGUCCCUCAGAUGAUGGUGCUCAUAAAGUUGUUCAACUGGAGCACAAGAAGAGCAAGAAAAAAGCCAAACGGAAACAUAAACAUAAGAGGAAAGGAGAGAGUAAGAGCAGUUCUCAUCAUGGGAAGGACAAAGCUAAAAAGUCCAAGAGAAAACACCAGAAGCUGAAAGAGACUUUCCAUUGGCAGCCGCCAUUAGAGUUUGACGAGGAGGAAGAGGAUGACGAGUCUAAAAGAGAGAGAAGUAGUCCUGGUAGAGAGGUUGAAGAAAACAUGGGUGAAGACUUUAACAAAAAUAACCAAGAUUCAACUGAUUUGAAUAAGAGGUCUGUGAAAGAAGAAGAAAAGAUUCAACUGAGAUCCAAAGAAAACAUUGAAAGCACAAAUCACUCUGAGCAAGCAUCCAGCCAGAACAGCGUCAAAGACCAAGAUUCUUUAGAUGAUAUGGAAAUCUGCACCCCUGAACACAAUGUUGACAUCAUUGAACACCCUGUUAUGCCUGAUGUGUCCAACGCUGCCACUAAAUUAACCCUACAUUCUACCUCAAAAUCAUCAGAAGUAGUAAGUACUGAUGGUGGAUCUCCUCAGAGAAACGCCCAGCCUUAUGUCACUUCCUCAUCAACAACUGCUGGACCACGAGAAGAAGCACCACCUGGCAAAGCAGUCAUAAACUUCAAAUGGAAGCCAUUAAAACGAAUGGCGGUCACGCCGGAGGUAAAUGUCCAGGCCAUCAUGGUGAAAAGCAAACAAAACAACGAGAGCAUCCAGCCUCUGGGCAUGCAGGGAGUGAAAAUGGAGAUCAAGAGUAAAAACCGAGUCCGACCGGGUUCGCUGUUUGAUGAGGUUCGUAAAACGGUACGGCUCAACCAGAGGCCACGAAACCAGGACAGUUCAAGUGAGGAGAGAUCCUCGCUUGAAAGAUCUGUGGGGAAGGCCAGAGGUGCAUCGCGCUCGCCAAAGAAAUCCAGCUCCGCAUCGAGAAAGUCCCGCUCUGCUUCCAGCCACCGUUCCCGUUCCAGAGGCUGGUCUCGCUCCUACAGUAGAUCCAGAAGUAGAUCCCGUAGCUACAGCUACUCCUCCAGGAGCCGCAGCCGUAGUCAGAGAACCCGCAGACGAAGAUCUCGCUCUCGCAGCAGCACAUAUCGAAGUUACAGCAGGCAUAGUCGGUCGUACAGUAGAAGUCCCUCCAGAAGCCACUCACAUCAUCGCCGCCGGAGGUCCAGGUCCGACUCCUAUGACAGCUAUUCCAGCAGGAGUCGGAGCGUGAGCAGGAAACGAGGGCGCAGGCGAAGUGAGAGCUAUAGGAGCUCUGAACACCGCUCACGGUCGUCCCGCUCUUCAAGUCGCAGUUCUUCCAGGCACAGGAGUCACAGCCGCAGCAGUCGCUACAGCUGAGCCUCGCCUCAGCUGAGAGGGGACACACAUAUUUUUAUACUGUGCUAAAGUUCAUUAUGUGAGAUGAAGGGAUGAUCACUAUGGUAGUGAAUGUGAAUAUAUCUCGACAGCAGUCGGUAGAGCAUCUAGUUACUCUGCUGAAAUUUUACAUGUUUGCUAUGAGAGAGGAGUCGAAAAUAAUUAACAUUGUCGUAUAUUUGUGUGUUCUUUAACAUUUUCUUCUUGUAAGCUAAAUGGUGCAAUUACUAUUCUCUUAAAAACAUUUUUAAUGUGUUUGAAAAAGUUUUUUUUUUUUUUUAGGUGAGGUAAAAUCUGCCUGUCUUAAAGUCCUUGUUGUAAUUAGUUGUCUCUGAAUGAACAGAUGAAUGUAGAAGCUGUACCUAAAGUAUAUUAUCUCAGACUCUUGUUGUUAAUGACAUUUAUGAAAUAUCACCACUCUUUGAA